AGUGAAUUCUGAGGAAGCGGAAGACAUGGAGGUUUGCGAACAGACCGAACAUGGGUGUUCAUAAAAUGACAAAGUUGGUGCGGAGCCAUCCGCGGAUCUAUCGGGAUGUCCAGUUCAGGAACAGCCGCUUAGUGGUGGACGGACAGAACCUGCUGUACCUGUUGUACUUCAGCUCAGGUCUGGACCAAAAUCAUGGUGGGGAUUAUGCUGCAUUUGAGAACCUGAUUGAGAGGUUCAUCUCAGCUCUCAGAGUCUGUGGAGUCUCCCCCUAUGUGGUGGUGGAUGGGGGGUCAGAUCCUUCAGACAGGAAGCUGGAAACCGUGACUGAAAGAGCUAUAAACCGGAUCCAGACAGCACAUAGGGCUGCAGUGAGCGGUCAGCAGCUGGGCAUCCUACCACAACUGGCCAAACUGGUGUUCAAGCAAACGUUGGCCCGGCUGGAGGUCCCACUGGCCCAGUGCUACGCAGAGGCUGACCAUGAGAUAGCAGCCCUGGCCGCUGAGUGGCAGUGUCCUGUCCUGUCCAAUGACAGUGACUUCUACGUCUUCGAGCUGCAGGGGGGGUUCCUGCCCAUCUCUCUUUUCCGGUGGGAGGAAGUGAAGCAGACGGGCUCACACCAGUACAUCCCCUGUAAGAGGUACAACACCUCCAGCUUCUGCAUCUUCUUCAACAUCCAGCCCCAGCUGCUGCCCGCCUUCGCCGCUCUGGCAGGGAACGACUAUGUGGACCUGCGGAAGACAGACUCCACCAGGAAGUGGGCUCAGGUGGCCUCUGACCUGGAGGGGCUGCUCCACUGGUUAAAGGGCUUCCAACAGCCUCAGGAUGCAUUUGAGGCGGCGGUGGGGAUGAUGGGAGAUAUGAACCAGAAGAAGAAAGGAGAGCUACUGCAGGGUUUGUUUGUAGGAAUGGAGGACUACAAGAUCCAUCCCAGCUCCCUGAAGAAGUUCUUCAUCCAUGGGAUUGCACCCCCGUUCAUACCAGGCAAAGAACAGGUGGUCCCAGUCCCAGACUGGACCUGGCUGCCCCUGACUCAGGCCCGGUUGAACCCAAACUUUUUGGAUGUCCUGGUUUUCGGGAGGAUAAGCCUCAGUACCCCGGUGGAGCAACAAGACAUACCCAGUGCUCAUCUGGUGUCCAGGCCCAUCCGUCAGGUGGCAUAUGCGCUGCUCCUGGGCAGCUGGAGCCUACAGGAGGUCAAGGAGUGUGACCGGGUUGGCCUCAAUCUUAGCUUCACGUCCAUCCAACCGGCCUUCAGAGGAGUCACACACCAGCUGAACCUCAGCUCACUGCACAAGGCGGAGUUUUCUCAGCGUCUCCAGGUUUUACUGGAGACCCUGGGUGUCCCUCUGGACACUCUGGAGAGACUGCCAUCAGACCUGCACCUCCAGGUGGCCGCCACCUGCUAUUGGCUGAAGAAGGCCACGCCUCCACCCGACCUGAGGCUGCUGAAGGCUCUGCUGCGGUGGUGGAGCAACGAAGACUCAACGAGACAACGAACAGCUGAGAAUCAACAGUGUCAGCAUGAACUGGACUUGGAUGUGACUCACUCCUUCAACCAGUGGCAGGCCUGUCUGAAGGACAGCCUGGAACUGAACCAGCUGCUGGGCUGGCCUUUACCUGAACCACGCAUCUCCAGGGUAUAUGAGGGGACAGUGGCCCACCACCUGGUCCACAUGAUGAGGUCAGGGAACAUAAACAUCUUUCUGAAACACUCAUGCUUCAGUGUGAAGCUGUACCAGUCCCUGCUGGAUGUCACAUGCCGGUUUCAUACUCAGGAGGUAGAAGUGCCUUUAAACACUGAGCUGGCAGCGACAGCAUGUUCAUUGCAUCAGGGGUCCAACCUGCUGACCAGGGUGCACAUGCUUUCCCUACAGUAUGAAGACGACCAAACAGAAACAGAGGAACGCAGCAGCAUCAGAGCCGAAACAGAGACAAUUCUGUACGACUCAGUGAUGGUGAAAACUCGUCACAAAACCAAAGACCGAAUCAGCCAAUAUAAAAAACCACAACUGGUCUGCAAACGUGAGCGCAGGGCCUGGAUGUGAGGACAGUCAGCUCAGACAAGAAAAAUGUGGAGUUAGUCAAUAAAAAUUAAUCUGAAUCUUGGAUAUUAUUAGUUGAACAAAAGAUAAUGUCAUUUUAUAUUGAAAUGUGUUAAAAUGUUAGCUUCUUUCAAUAUUUCAAAACUUUCCUUUAAAUCUGUUUUUGUUUUUUGCUUUUUGCUUGUUUGUUUUUUUGUUUGUUUGUUUUACAUAAAGCUAAACAAAUUAAUAAAGAUACUUGUACAUGA